CGCUGAAUCAUCCAACCUCUCGCGAGAAGACGACGGCGCUGGCUGUAGAAAGGCGCUGACUACUCAGAAACACGUUUUGUUUCAAGAAUUUGUCCUAAAUCUUGUAAUAAUUGAUUUCUUCUGGAAUUUAUUUUGGAAUAAACGUACAUUUAUUUGACAGUUGUUGAAUUUCAAAAAUAGUUUCUGUUUUGAACUCGCUCGAGGAGUAUAGAGAGAGCGUUUUCCUCAAAGUCGGUUAUCUUACUGUUGGAUCAAGUCCUUUUUGACGGAGGGGCGGGGUCUUUGUUACGCAACGUCACCUGACCUACUUUUAGUUCCAGCUUCAUCAUCACAGUUUGAUCAUGAAGAAGGCGGCCAGCCCUGGGCGUCUCAGUGAGGGUGUGAAGCUCAUCUUUGAUAAGAAGGCUCCACACGGUCGCAGGUCCUCUCGCUCCAGCAGCAGCAGCAGCAGCAGUGACAGCUCGUUCUCCAGCAGCAAGGGGGGCCGCUCCUCCCACAGGUCACGGAGCUCAUCCUCCGACAGUGGCUCUUCCUCACCCUCACACUCUCGCUCACGUUCCCGCUCCCAUCCACGCUGCUCAGGCCGCUCAUGCUGCCGUCACAGGCGCCAUUCUCCUCCUCGCCGCUACCGGGCUCGCUCCCGCUCUUACAGCCCUUCUCCUGAGCGUUCCUCUCACCGCAGGCGCUACCAUCGCCGCAGUCGCUCUCCAUCCCCCUACAGCUACUCCAGACGUUACAUGCGUUCUCCGUCCCGAUCCCGCUCUCGCAGUCGCUCCCCGGUCUACUGGAGGGGAAGCAGGUUUGUGGGGAGGUACCGGUGCCGUUUCUCCCGCUCACCCAGGAGUUCCAGAGAUUACAGAAGCCGGUCUCGCAGCUGUGAACGCUCUACAGUCUGCCUCAGCCUUGAGGAGAAGAAGUAUCUGUUAAAUGUGGCCAAAGCAAAUGCUGCCAGGAUUCUGGGAGUGCAGAACUUAGAGCUGCCAGCUAGCCUGAAGGAGCUGGAGGAGGAGGAGGAGGAGGAGAAGAGGAGAUCUUCAUCAGAUAAAGAGGAAAGGGUGAGCGCAGACUGGGCACCACAGAAGAUACCAGCACAGGUAAACGUUGCCAAUGAUGAUGGCGAGGCAGAGGCUUCUCCAACGUCUCCCAAGAGAAAGCCAAUUAACUUCAGCAUCAACAAUACCAUCGCCAGACCAUCAAACAGCCCAACGGUCCAUGACAGUAAGGUAACAUCAAGAGCCGACAGCGUAGCAGACAGGAAGCCAUAUGGACAAUAUAAAGUGGGUUUUGUGGAAGAAGGCAAGAGGAUGUCAGACAGGUGGGAAAUAUUGUGUACAUUGUUGUGUUUUUUUUUGUGUUGUACAGUGGAUGUUUCUAAAUAAAAAUGCAAAAAAAAA